AUGGAUGUAAAAAAUGCUUUCCUCCAUGGUGACCUUAAGGAGGACAUUUACAUCACACUUCUUGGUGGUAUGUCGACUCUCUCCCCGCCUAAUGUUUGCAAAUUGAAACGCUCUCUAUAUGGAUUGAAGCAGGCCCCUAGAGUAUGGACUCCUAAAGGCAUCGUCGUCCUUCUUGUUUAUGUGGAUGACAUUGUGGUCACCGGCUCUGAUCCAGAUGCUAUUUCUAAAACCCAACAAAUGUUGCAUUCAACUUUUCACAUGAAAGAGUUAGGUCAUCUCAAUUAUUUCUUGGGUUUAGAAGUGCAUUAUCAUCCUGAAGGCAUUUUCAUAAAUCAGCACAAAUAUAUUCAAGAUUUAGUCCAGCUAGCUGGACUCACAAAUGCUACCCUUGUUGACACUCCAAUGGAAUUUAAUGUUAAAUAUAGACGACAUGAAGGAGAGCUUCUUGACGAUCCCACUCAAUAUCGAAAACUAGUUGGUAGUCUCAUUUAUGUGACUAUCACUCGCCCCGAUAUUUCUUUUGUUGUACACACCGUUAGUAAGUUCAUGCAAUCUCCACGACACUUCCAUUUUUCAGCAGUACAACGUAUCAUUAAAUAUAUCCUUGGCACCUCAAGGCGUGGUUUAUUCUUUCCUAAAAAUUCAUCUCUUCAACUCCAAGCAUAUAGUGAUGCUGAUUGGGCUGGCUGUCCAGAAACUAGGAGAUCAACUACUGGCUAG